UUAAAAACGACACGUGGCAAAAUAGUGACCGUAAGAUGAGGUGAUGGAUGAUCUCCACUUGCAGAGAGAUCCCGGAAACUGUAACACAAAGUGGCAUAGAAAGAGAGAAUAAGAGAGAGAAAAGGUAAUCAAUCAUGUCUGCGACUGCAACAUAAUCAGAGCAUAGAGAAAGGGAAAGGGCUCAGAGAAGACAGAGAAGAAAAACAGCAACAGCAACAGCAAGAAGAAGAAGAAGAAGCAGCAGCAGCGGCGGCAGCAUAUGAGUGGAUAUGGGACUUUUGUGGUGUAUUUAAGUUAGCACUUCGCCCCUUCCCCCACCUUCCCCCACUGCGCAACAAAGCCCAUGGCGGCGUUGCAGACUUCACUUCAGUUUUAGACAGAGAGAGAAAAAUACCCUUUAAUGUAUUAGAGAGACAGAGAGACAGAGAGACAGAGAGAGAGACAGAGAGAUUUCACAAUCUGAUUCCCAAUUCGACCUCUUUUCUACUUCCCCCCCUUUUUUUUUCUCUUGUAGUACGAAGAAUUUGAUUAAGAAUUUCGAGAAUUUGAGAAGGUAAGGAGAAAAAGUUGGAAAGGAAUUGAUUGAUACAUACCCUUUUUACAACUCUGGCUUUCGAUCGCUCUUGAGAGGUUGUUUCUGAUAUGGAUUUUAAUUCCAAAUCAGGAAUAGUAUCUCCGGUGGAAAUAUGGCCGGUUUUUACCCACUAGGCGGCGGAAGAGAACCCAAUUAUCACCUUCCCACUACCACCACCACCACCAUCACGGACGGAUUAUUUUGGUACAGAAAUUAUGAGAGCCUUGGAAUAUGGCAGCAACAGCAGGUGCAGCAGCAAGCGGGAGAAGGGUUUGUUUACUCGGGCGAUGAAUCGCCUCCAAGAUCGUCGUUGGUGAUGCUGAGAUCCGGCAGAAACGGGGGAGGGCAAGUAAUAAGUUGCCAAGACUGUGGAAAUCAAGCCAAAAAGGAUUGCCUUCACAUGCGAUGUAGAACUUGCUGUAAAAGUCGUGGCUUUGACUGUGAAACCCAUGUCAAAAGUACUUGGGUUCCGGCCUCCAAACGCCGUGAGCGACACCUCCGCAGCGACGGCACUAAUCUCAAACGACCUCGAGACAACACCGCCGCUUCCUCAGGGUUAGAAAUGGGGAAUUUGCCGGUGGAAGUGAGCUCAACGGCGGUGUUUCGGUGCGUGCGAAUGACAACGUUGGACGAAACAAACGACCAAUUUGCUUACCAAACAGCCGUCAACAUCGGAGGCCAUACCUUCAAGGGCAUUCUUUACGACCACGGCCCUGAACAACAACAACAACCACCACCACCACCACCACCCAACUCCGCCUCCCCCGACGGUGGCGCCCUCCUCAUCACCGCCCCCUCCACCACCAUGGAAUUGCCGCCCAUCAGCACCGCAUUGCUCGAUCCUCCUCCGCCGUACCCAGCUCCUCUGAACACCUACGUCGCCGCCGGUACGCAAUUUUUUCUUCCCCCAACGUCUUAAUGUCGUAAUGAAUUUUAUGAAAUCGAAGAGAAUUAGCUGAAAUUGAGAAUGGAUAAUGAAGGAAGUAUGUGGCACGAGUAUAUAAUUUUUUUAUCAUAAAUUUAUAAGCUUUUAAUUUUUCAAGAGUU